AUGAAAUUGAUACUGCUUGGAAAGAUUUCCCAACCGAUGCAAGGUCAUCAUCUUCUGCACCAUUUGCGUUGCCAUCUUCUACUUGUUCUUUUUCAGCAUCGUAGACGUCCUCUUCCUCUUGC